AUGUCAGCAUUCACGCGCUUCAUCGCGGCGACGUCGUCCACGUUCCCACGCCAAUGCCUUACAGGGGGCGUACUCUUUGCUACAGGAGACACGAUCGCGCAACAGCUCGUGGAGAAGCGGGGUCGGAACCACGACUACAUCCGUACCGGUCGUCUGGCUCUCUACGGCGGUGCAGUCUUCUCGCCCUUGGCAUCGAUCUGGUUCGGUCGCGUCCUCGAGCGCGUCCAGUUCUCUUCCAAGACGGCCAACAUCGCAACCAAAGUCGCGCUCGAUCAAGGCAUCGCCUCGCCCGCAUUCGUAGCCGCCUUCUUCUCCAUCACCACCCUAAUGGCUGGCGGCAGACCGGCGGAAGCAAAACAGAAAGUCAAAGACAACUGGUGGCCCACCCUCAAGACUGCUUGGGGCCUCUGGAUCCCCGUUCAGACCCUCAACAUGGCCCUUGUCCCCGUUUCGUCGAGAUUGCUGUUCGUCAACGUCGUCAGCAUCUUUUGGAAUACGUUCUUGAGUAUGAAGAGUGCAGGGAUGGAGCCCACGAAGGAGUUGGAGAAGGGGAUCGAGUUGGUCGAGGCAAAGGUGGACAAGUUGCACUAA